AUGGUUAGACUUAGGUGGCUCGCUCACAUCCUCAAGAGGAGGAGGCAACCUUCCAGCAUCCUUCCCUCUCUUGGUGAAAGGAGAGAAUUACGUGACGUGGGCUGUCAAAAUGCGCUCGUUCUUGGAUGCGCAAGGAGUGUGGGAAGCAGUGGAGCCAUAAGUCGGGAUGGUGGUAGAUCUGAAGAAAGACAAAUUUGUGAUCUCUGCUAUCCAUCAAGCAAAAAAUCCGGAUCCGAUGAUCCGAUCCAGUAUUUUCCCAAAGGUAUCGACAUAUACUUCGACAAUGUUGGUGGUAAAAUGCUCGAUGCAGCACUCCUUAACAUGAGGUUGCAUGGGCGUGUCGCACUGUGCGGAAUGGUAUCAUUGCAUUCCUACACCGAUACGGAUGGAAUACAUAACUUGUUUACAUUGGUACAAAAGCGAAUCCGUAUGGAAGGAUUUCUUCAGAGUGAUUACUUGCACUUGUUUCUGAAUUUUGUGGAAUGUGUUGGGAAUUACCAUCGACAAGGCAAGAUUGUCUACUUAGAGGACAUAAAGGAAGGUCUAGAGAACGCGCCCGCAGCCUUUGCCGGAUUGUUCACUGGAAAAAAUGUCGGAAAACAAGUUGUAUGCGUUGCAAAAGAUUGA